AUUCUCACUCAGGUGAUGUGAUGAUGAGCCGCUUCUCUGUCUUCUUCUUCUUCUUCUUCUUCCCUCACAAAAACUACAAACACAUCCUUUUACGAAAUUGCCCUUCACUCCAUAGCCAUGAAUUAUUCUGCCUAUAACGAACCACCCCCCUAUUAUCCGUACAGUAACCGAUUCAAUUACAUCCGCGAUCCUCAUCCAACCUACCCUCCGAUUCGCCAUCCCGGUUUGUACCUAACCGAACCUGAACCGCUUCCUCCGAGACUUAUUAACCGGCCGGUUGGGCCACCUCAAUAUAGUCAUAGACCAUAUGGAGUGCAUGGUGGGGCGCCAUUCAAUACCUUUUGGAGACAUGGGCCAGAUGGUGGUAGACACUUCACAUCUUAUUCUUCUGGACCUGCCAUUUCUGAUGCGGCAGGUCUACAUGCUGCUGCUAGAGCCACUUCUAUGUUACAAUCUUCAUCCUCAGUUUUAGCGCCAGCACCAUCAGCCCAACAAGCUCGAAGGCCAUAUGGAACUGCUGCUGCUGAAGCCUCUUCUGUGGUACUAUCUUCAUCCUCAGUUUUAGCGUCAGCACCAUCAGCCCAACGAGCUCGAAGGCCAUAUGGAACUGCUGCUGCUGAAGCCUCUUUUGUAGAACGAUCUUCAUCCUCAGUUUUAGCGUCAGCACCUUUAGUGUCAGCACCAUCAGCCAAACGGGCUCGAAAGCCAUAUGGAACUGCUGCUGCUGAAGCCUCUUUCGUAGAACGAUCUUCAUGCUCAGUUAUAGCGUCAGCACCAUCAGCUAAACAAGCUCAAAAGCCAGAUGGAACUGCUGCUGCUGGGGCCUCUUCUGUUGUACGAUCUUCAUCCUUAGUUUUAGCGUCAGCACCAUCAGCCAAACAAGCUCGAGAGCCAGAUGGAACUGCUGCUGCUGCUGGUGCUGGAGCCUCUUCUGUGGUACGAUCUUCAUCCUCAGUUUUAGCGUCAGCACCAUCAGCCAAACAAGCUCGAGAGCCAGAUGGAACUGCUGGAGCCUCUUCUGUGGUACGAUCUUCAUCCUCAGUAACGUCAGCACCAUCAGCCAAACAAGCUCAGAAGCCAGCUGCACCGUCGCAACCACCACCGAAGGCAUGGUGUGAAAUUUGUAAGAUUUGGUGCCAUACUCUAGGGGUCUUGGAAGAGCAUAAACAGGGGAGGCGACACAUGAAUAAGGUGAAGCGACAGGAAAGAUUAGAGGAACAAAAGGCAAUAAGUGAGCUACAGAAUAAACAGACUGCUACUACUAAAUCGAAUUUAACAGACCAGGCUAAGAAAGUUCAGGAGCCUGCAAAAGUUGAAUGCCCCACAGGAAAUACUGGAUCUGAAGUUGCAUCUGUUAAUCACAAGGUUGAAACAAUGGUGCAGAAUGACGCGAGAGAUACUUUUGCAGCUCCAGCUGAAGAACCUGAGGCGAAGAAAACCAGUCGGAACAUCAUUCCUGUACAGCACCAUGUAUUGAAGCUGAAGAAGAAACGAAAAGGAUCUAAACUCGUUAAGAUGGCUGCUGCUCUAAGAAGGCCAGUGCAAAAUCAAAUAUCUGAGCAGUUUAUACCUUUUGAUUGUAAAUUGUGCAAUGUUAGAUUUGAGUCUGAGAUUGCUUUUGGGAGUCAUGUGAACGGGAAGGAACACAUAUCACGUCUAAUCCAUGCCCCCGGCCGGCAAGCUUUGUCCGGAAUGUUUGGUCUCCAAGUACUUUACCCUCCUGACAUCGAUUCUCUGUCAAAAGCAAUUAAUGUUCAGGUCCAACAUGGUGAUAAUAAUCCACAACUCCUCUUAGCUAAGCACCUGAUGGAUUCAUUAUCUCAAUCAAAAGUAGCAGCAACAGCACCACCGAUGAACUGA